GGGAAGGUUACUUUCGUCGUGUGCGGGCUAUCGCGCGUGGCGGGAUCCGGGGGCAGGUGACGUCACCGGUUAUCGAGCCGCGUGGAGUCGAGCGAGCGGCGACUCCGCGCAAAUUGACGCGAGCGGCAGAGAGAUGCAGGCGCGGCUGCUGUGGCUGGUGCUAUGCUGUGCGGCGGCGGAGGCGGCGCGCCUGUUGGUGGUGCUGCCGACCAACACCCGCAGCCACUACGUUAUGUACGGCCGGCUUGUCGAAGCACUCGCCAGGAAACAACACCAUCUUACUGUUAUAUCACAUUUUCCCAUGAAAAACCCACCGUCAAACGUAGAUGAAAUCAGCUUAGCGGGAACUAUUCCUGAGAUCACCAAUAAUCUGACGCGCCAGGAUCAGUCGUUGAAACCGAGCUUCGUCCGGAACUUGGAGCAGAUUAUGAAAGAAUGCGUCCAAGCAUGUGAAACUGUCUCCAGAAUACCGGCGGUCAAGGAUCUCCUUAACUCCACCGUUAUGUUUGACAUGGUCAUCGUGGAAGUGUUUGGCAGCGAAUGUUUCCUACCACUCGGCCAAAGGUUUCAAGCUCCUGUAGUAGGAUUGCUGUCCAGUGUACCGCUACCUUGGGUCAAUGAACAGCUAGGGAAUCCAGAAGCUACCUCCUAUGUUCCAGCUUACAUGAUGGGCUACGGACAACACAUGAACCUUUGGGAGAGAUUUGCCAAUACCAUGUCAGUGUUAUGGGCAAAGAUUUUGUAUCGAUACAAAUCGCAACUACCGUCUCAGGCGAUAGCAGACCGUUUAUUCGGACCGGGCCCAAAGUUGGAAUCUUUAGCUCAGAACUAUAGCCUUGUACUGUCUAACAGUCACUUCAGCAUCAAUGAAGUGAGGCCGCUGGUGCCAGCUCUGGUGGAAGUGGGGGGUCUACAUUUAGAUGACUCGCAAAAGUUACCAAGGGAACUAAAGGCACUUCUGGACGCAUCCAACGAGGGUGUGAUCUACUGGAGCUUCGGUUCCAUGUCACGGAUCGAGACGAUCCCCAGUGACAAGCUGGCGCAGAUAUUCGAAGCCCUGUCGAAGCUCACCCAGACGGUCCUCAUCAAAAUGGACAGAGGCAUGCUGUCUAGAAACCUCACGGUGCCAGACAAUGUCUAUACUAUGGACUGGAUUCCGCAGUAUGCAACUUUAAAUCAUCCGAACGUGAAGCUGUUUAUAUCGCACGGAGGUCUGCUUGGUACUCAAGAGGCCGUGGCGUGUGGAGUACCCAUGUUGAUGGUGCCUCUGUACGCGGACCAGGCGCUCAAUGCACACGCAAUGAGUGACCGCGGCGUCGCGCGCACUGUCAGCCUACGGGAGGGGACCGCUGACACGUGGUCCGAAGCGCUAAAAGACUUACUUACAAAUCCCAAGUACAAAGAAAAUGCUUUAAAACUGAGGGAUAUAUUCCUCGACCGGCCCAUGCCGCCGCUGGAAAUGGGCGUCUACUGGAUAGAAUAUGUGUUGAGACACAAAGGGGCCGCCCACCUACGCUCCCCCGCCUUAGACUUAAGUGCCCCUCAAUACCUACUAUUAGAUGUAAUAGCACUUAGUAUAGCCAUCACAUCACUGACUAUAUUCAUACUUCAUACCUUAUUUCGGUACCUAUGCACUCGAUGCAUCAAAUGGUGGCCGAAAGAGAAAAAUAUAAUUUUAGAAAAAAAGUUGUUCAGAAAGAAUUUUAGUCUAUUCCUAUGUCUGUUGUGGAAAUACAAAGUGAAAACGAAUUGACUACAGCUUAAAGAUUAGAAAUUAAAAGUCAUUGUAUUAUAAUAAUGUAGGUGUACAUAAUAAUGUGUAAGAUAUUUAUAAAUAAUAAAAUUUUAAA